ACCCACCUCCAUCCAUCUCACAGCUUGAAGCUUUCCCUGCAUCGUUUCCUUCUGCUCACCGUCGUUCUCCUCUUGCAACUCAGCGAAAGCGAAGCAUGGGUUCCGCCGCUCUGGAUCAGAAGCUGGCCAUGGCCAAGCGCUGUUCCCAUGAGGGAGCCAUGGCGGGAGCAAAGGCGGCCGUCGUCGCAAGUGUUGCAGCUGCCAUCCCGACGUUGGCUAGCGUUAGGAUGCUGCCAUGGGCGAGGUCCAACCUCAAUCCUACUGCUCAAGCCCUCAUCAUCUCCACAGCCGCGGGAGCGGCCUACUUCAUAGUCGCCGACAAGACGGUGCUGGCAUCGGCCAGGAAGAACUCCUUCAAGAACAGUUACCAAGGCAACACUGACUGACGUGCCUACGAAGUAAAAGCUCUAUAAUGUAUGCGACUACUGUCGCAUGUAUAAUGGGUGGGACGUCGCCUAAGCUCCGUUGUUCCAAUUUUGUUCAGCAAGAAUUCGAAUCAAAUAAGAAACACAGACAGUCUCGUCUUCAAAUUGAGUCCAACUCUUAGUGAGAAAAAUGUGGCUUCCAUGUCAGGCGGGUUUCCGGCAGUCUUUCUCCUUCCACGACUGAUUUGACCGCUGCUACAGGUAUACGCGGGCCCGAUGUGAUGGAUGUCACUCCUUAGAUUACAUGGAUGUCAUGUUGUUUCUCA